ACCUGGGCUACUGCCGCUGCGGGUGGGCAGCGGGCAGGGGAGGGGCGCGAAGCGAGACCUGAGCUCGCAGAGAGUGUCUCUCUGGCUUGGAGAGUCCAAACCGGGCCGUGCAGGCUGCGAUCCCCAGAUCUCUGGCUUCGUCGGCAUCAAUGCUGCCUGCAGUGUCCGGCCAGGGGGGCGGGAGCCGGGACCCGCCCGCCCCCUGCCUGGUGCCCCCAGGAAAUGCAAAAGACAUCAUGAUAAUAUAUGAAGAAGAUGCUAAGGAAUGGGCUGUGUACUUGAGAGAAGUAUUUUUCCAUGUUGUGAAAAGAGAAGCAAUCCUGUUAUAUUGCUUAGACAGUUUCUCUCUUCAGCAUUUGGAAUUGCUAAGCUUAAACUCUUACAAAUGUAAACUUUUGAUAUUAUCCAAUGACCUGCUUAAAGACCUAACUUCAAAGAAGCGUCAGUUUCUAGAAGAAGUUCUUGACUCACCAGAAAGUGUUGUUACCCUGCUUUGUGGAAUGAAGAGCUCAAGUCAGCUAUAUAAAUUAUUAAAUAUCUCUGGAAGCCCAUGGGAAAUCUCAACAGAGCAGGAGCCUGAAGACUACAUUUCUAUCAUCAAGCAAAUCAUAUUCAGAGAUUCUGAAGACUACCUUGAGGUCAACGUUCCAGCGGACAUAGGAGUCAUGCAUUCUGGGGAAAUAAGUCAGAGAAAGGAUGAAGAAGAUUCAUCAGAAACUUCAAGAAGCACCAUACCACUGGCAGUAGUGCUCCCUGCUGAAAUUCCUUGUGAGAAUCCUGGGGAUAUAUUCAUUCUUUUGAGAGAUGAAGUAAUUGCUGAAACUGUGGAAGUUGAAUUUACAUCAAACAAUAUGCACAUUAGAGCACAGCCGGCCCUUUGGAAUAAGAAAGUCUGGUAUAUGAAAGCUUUAGAUUUUCCUGCUGGUUCAGUCAACGUCAGUGUCUACUGUGAUGGUAUCAUUAAGGCUACAGCAGAGAUUAAAUACUAUGCACCAGCAAAGGCGAUGGAAGACACCCACAGAGCAGCAGAUCCAGGAGAGGGUUUGUACAAGAAUGACAUCGAAGAGCUUGAUGGCAUUCUUACAUCCAUAUUCAAACAUGAGAUAUCAUAUUAUGAAUUCCGGUCUCUUCAAAAUGAAACUUGUCCUCAAAAAGAAUAUACUCAUGUCAAACAACUACCAACUAUUCUCCACUGUGCAGCAAAAUUUGGUUUAAAGAACCUGGCUAUUCAUCUGCUUCAAUGUUCAGGAGCAAUCUGGGCAUGUAAGAUGAAAAAUAUGGAUGGUUCAGACCCAGCACAGAUUGCUGAAAGGUGUGGUCACAAAGAACUCAAGAAAAUCUUCGAAGAUUUCUCAGUAAGGUUUUUUCUUAUUAUACCUCUCAAACUCUUUUAUGAAGUAACUGUGUGCAUGCAUUUGCACAUGUACAUUGCUUUUUUGAAAAUAUUAUUGUAGCGCGGCUAAUCUGUAGUAUCUGUUGGUUCUGAUCUAUCCAUCAUCUUAAGAAGCAUUUUGCAAGAUUAGUCAACUUGUUCUAGCAUUGCCAUGAACCAACUUUGAUUCCCAAUUUUAAACAUAAUUUUUGAAACCUGCUUUAUCUGACUUCUAUAUAGCCUGUUUGAUAUUGAAAAGAAAUAAAUUUAUUACUUUUAGUCUUCUUCUAAAAUCAAGGUAGUUUUAGACACACGAAAACAGGUCAGUUUUAUGUUAAAUGAAUGCAUUUUGAUAAUAGUUCAAAAAGCCUACACAAUAAGAAGUUAACUUAUGUUGCUGAAAU